AUGGCCAUAAUUACCGCAAAGUUGAUUGGUUUCUCUCCGGACGGCUCUGAAUUAGACACCCGUAUCGACCAUUUGCUCAGCUCAAAUCAUCUAGAACUUGACAUGAUGGGUGACAUGCCAACUCUCAACGAAUUGCGCAAGGCAUAUCUUUUAGCAUUCUACGAGUUUCAUCAGUUUCCGGGAAAUCAGUCAUGGAUGCGUAUAGGCAAGCUGACACGAAUUGCCUACCGAGUUGGGCUAGACAAGCUCGAACGCCUUCCAACACUUUAUCCAGAUUGGGCAUCUAUAAGUCAGGCUGACUUACAAGAGUGGAGGUCACUUUGGUGGUGCAUCUAUAAGAUUGAUUCAUACAUGAACUUCGCAUCAGGAACGCCUUAUUUGAUUGACAGGGACUUUACCAAUACUGGCCUAACGAUGAGUCAACAAUUUCUAUUAUCGGCAAAUGAAGGAGUGAAUGGCCCUCAACCAGUGUAUUUACCACCUAGUUCCAGAGGUUUAUGGGAGGUACUUCCUGCGUUGGGUUCUGAUCCAGAUACAUUUUUAGCGAACAUUCACAUAAUCACUGUCACUGUUGUGCGCGACAUUGCCUCAGUGGGCCGGAUUCUUGUCUUACAUCUUGAUGGAGACAUAUUGCCGCCAUUUAGCGAAAUCGAAAGACAACUUUCUGCCCUUCGUCUUGCACUUCCACCCGGGUGGCUGAACCCAGAUCGCAAUGCUUUCGCAGGUGAAUCACAAGGAGAUCAUCACGCAAGGCUGGUGACCAUUUUCCAACUAUCGUUCGCACAACUAUAUCUGGCCAUGUUGAGUUGCAGAGGGAAAGAAGACCACGACUGGGCACGAAGUUGGCAGAAAGUCCUUGAAAAUUGUCAAGAUAUUGCAAGAGCUGCAGCUCAGUGGGAUAGUUCGUUUUGUGUCAAGGUGGAUCCAGCAAUUACUUUCAUUCUUCUCCCGACACUUAUCUUCCUGGAACUUCAUAAGGCAACGAAUGUUAGUUCGUCGGCAUUCAAUUUCCAAGCAAGCAUCGAGCAUGAUCAGACCAUAGUCCGCCUACUACUGGACCAGUUUGCGAAGAUUUGGACAUUGCCGAGGCUUCUCGUGUUCUGGGGUUUGGCUAAUACCUGUGCGCAGUGUCAUUUGAAAGUUUCUGUGAAUCAUUCUCCGGCGUAUCUCGUCCACUAUCUCACCGGCAAAUCAACGCCAUUCUCUUGA